CAAUAUUUGGUGUGUUCGAAAUUCCCACCUAAUCCCUCAGUGACGACUGACCCUGAUGCCGCCCGUAAGAACACAAUGGACGCGCCUCAUCCGUUUCGUCGCUGCAGAGACAGCACAAGUCCACAUUGGACAGCCUGCCGACCCCACCCUUGAUGUCGGGCUUGCCGCUUGGAACAAGCAAGUCAUCAGGGUACACGAAAUCUUGGGGUCCACACUUGACCCCGCCGCGCAGCUUACGAAUACCGUGCUCACGGUUAAAGAGUUGCUAUCCCCCCUGUCUCAAGAGGAGGUGAAGACUGUUCGCUGCCUUGGCCUUAACUACUCUGAUCAUGCUGCAGAGGCGAAAAUGGCGAAGCCUCCUGUGCCGGUUCUUUUCUAUAAGCCUUUGACAUCCAUGAUUGGUCCCAACGUUCCUAUCUGCAUUCCAAAAAUUGCGCAACCGGUUGAGGAUCACCUUCCAGAUUAUGAGGUCGAGUUGACCAUUGUCAUCGGGAGAGCAGCUAAAGGUGUUUCCGAGGCUGAUGCCCUUGAUUACGUUCUUGGCUAUACAGGGGCAAAUGAUGUCUCUUUCCGAAAACAUCAGAUGACGACGUCGCAGUGGGACUUUUCCAAGAGUUUUGAUAACACUACACCUCUUGGCCCUUGUAUCAUCUCAAACAACGCGGUUCCUGAUCCUCAGGCGAUACCCCUCACUUGCAGUCUCAAUGGAAAAGUUCUUCAAAAUGGGAAUACCAAGGAUCAGAUCUUUGAUGUUCGCAAAACAGUUGCUUUUCUUUCACAGGCGACGACUCUUGAACCUGGCUCUGUUAUUUUGACCGGAACCCCGGCUGGAGUUGGAUACGCACGGAAGCCCCCGGUUGUUUUGAGGACAGGAGAUGUCGUACAAGCUUGGCUUGGCCACGGUGUAGGCACACUUGUAAACCCUGUUGUUGAGGAGGUAGAACGUGGUAAGCUGUAACUUCUUUACUUGCAGAGCACUCCUUCGGAGUAUUGCGGAAUGUACGUAUAGCCAGAGAAUCACAAAUUUCUUGAGACGUCCAUGAGUA